AUGUUUAACCGCCGCAAAUACAGCCGCAAGAAAGAGCGCCGGCGCGCGUUCCGCCCGCGCGUCCACAAACGCCGCCUCCUCCGACCGCCGUCCCACGCGCCCGCUUCGCCUGCGCCGCCGGCGCCGCCUCCGCCUCUGUUCGACGCAGCCGGCUGCGCCACCUACCCCUGGCCACACUUGCCCCCCUGCGGGGAUUUUUUGCAGCCAAACCCCGUGCGGCGGCGCUUGUUGCCGCUUCGUCAGAUAUGCGCUCAGCACCUAGCUAAUGCCGCCGACGCGCUUGAACCAGAAUACCUCGACCAGGCCCCCUGGUCGUGUUGGCAGCCCGUCUGGCGCGCCAUCUUGGAGCGCGGGCGCGACACCCCGCGCGUUUUCCUGAUGUUUGCAGCCACUUUUGGCGCGCACCCAGCCUUUGCAUGCCACCACAGCAGAGCGUACACAUACGCCCAAACAGAAGCACACAAUGCACAACACAAGACGAGGGCACAAAAAGAAACAGAUGCGGACGUUGCAAUUUUCUCAGAGGCCCCAGUGUCGGAAAACAAAACAAGUGCCCUCCGCCACCGUGCACUUGCCCUUGCGCUCGUGCCCACACAUUGCAAGCACCGCAUUGACAAUUUCUUCAGCAAUGUGGGCCUUGAAGACUGGGCGGCACUAGUGGCCCGCGCGCACUGCUCUGUGGUCGCGGACUGCUCGGCGCCGCCCUUUUCGCGCCGCCAGUUGCUCGCGGUGUGCCUAGUCCCGUCGCUCGUGGCGCUCGACCUUUCGGGCAACCCCGCUGUGGACGACCAGUUCCUAUACACGCUUCGCGCGAGCCUCUCGCACCGCCUGCUGCUGUUGAAGAUUGUACGUUUGUGCCGCUGCCCUAACAUAACGCUGCAGGGCCUCCUCCAACUUCUAAAAGAACCCACACCGUUAGCUUAUGUGGAAGCCGACGUGGUGCUUCCUACGGCGAGGUUUGCUUUGGAGGAAGCUGUUCUUUCUCAGCCUGGUUCCACUUCUGCCCCCGGUACCCACUACGGUGACGGCCGUGCUGUUCUCGGUACGCAAUGGCGCCUCCUUGACGAGAGGAAAUCCGCCAAUGCCCGCGUGGCUGGGUACCCCUUAGCAUUAAAGGUGCACUACUUGCUGCGAAACACAGAUCUUGUGCCAGCGCCCAAAGUCAUGUGGGACAUCAAAUUCUUUGCCCAAACGCUUUCCACCCAGGAUAGGGCAGCUUUGGUGCUCGCUGUGGGUGACACAUGGCUCGCACGGGAAAAACAAGUCACUACGCGGUCGGCUUAUGUGCCCCAUUGCUACUUGCUUGAUCCGGCCAUGGAAGUAAAAUACGCCCCGGAACUGCCGCGUGUUGUCGAAGACCGCCUGGUUUUUCAGCGCCAGGGCGCACUCGUGCUGCGCAAGAAGAACGCACGCAAACCUCGUAUGGUGGCCACGGACGCAAGCAGUUUUUUCGGAACCUAG